GCUCACUGUCGCCCGAGUUCUCGUCAACACAGCCAACGCAACUAUUUCGAAAAUCAAACAAUUGAGUCUAAUUCUUGUUAUCGUACUGACUGCGGCUUCGAAAAAAAAAAUCAACAUUGUCUGGCAGUCAAUCUGCUGAAUCUGCUGACUCUCGGGACCUGGGCGCUGCCACUCUCCAACAAAACCGGCAGCCCAACAAUUACACGAUCCCCUCAACCACUCAACGUCAUACCAUCGUCUUCACUUCCAUCUCAUACACAACACAGAAAGUGACCGACAAUGUCUGGUAUACUGUCAUAUCUUACAGGGACGACCGACCGGUCGGGCUCGAUCAACCUGCCCAGCGUCGAGAUCCAUAACGUCGAGACCAACCCGGACCGACGAGCCCGCUGUCUCAAGCACCUGCUCAAGGCCAACCACGUCAAUUAUUCCGUCGUCUACCACAACCUGCAGUACGACAAUCACAACCCACACAUCCUGUGCUCGGCAUAUCUGCUUGGAGCCGACCAAGAGCAUCUCAAUCACAUAUACGAUGAGCAGAUCAAGCCUCUCGAGUCUUGGCGCCCGUCGCCGGCGGAACUCAAUGACUUGGACUGGCGGGAUUUCCUGGGCGAUAAAAAUUACCAGAGGGCCUACCUUGACUACUUUGAGGAUAAGCUCGCGAUGGAAUUCUCAUAUGACUGGAAGAAGGUCGUGGAGCAUUUCAUGUUCGAGGGCGAUCAACCGCUGUACCAUGGGCUGAUCUGUGGACUUGGCCAUCCCCUCAUUCACUUGGGCUAUGCCUAUGAAAUGGACAAUAAAGAGUUGGCGAUGGAGGCCUUGGCCCUCACAGCAGUCCAACACUGCUUCUUGAACAAAUACCUUGAUGAGAAAGCAUAUACCAAACCAUCGCCAUUGAACGGACCACCCCUCGAACUGCUCAACAAGAUGUGCUCCGAUAAACGCUUCGACAGUCUCCCGAAGAAUCCCGAAUUUGACGAACUGGAGUCGAUCCUGGAGAAGCACGAAGACCUCGUCUUGGAGUACUGGAAUGGAUGGAAUCUCGACGACCCCCAGAAGCAGUUCGAGCUGUCCCAGGAAGCCGCAGUCGCUCUUCUCGUCGCCACAGUCCGGCCUGGCACGCACUCGUUCAACUUUGUCUUGGUCCACCUGCUCACGACGAGCCACGCCGUGCGGAUCCUCUUGCCCUUCUUCCCCAAACAGCACCGCAUCAACCUCGUCAGGGAAUGGUGGUUGCUCGUCAUCGCCAUGUUCAUCAUGAAGGGCCGCCCGACCAUUGACCCUGAUAAUGUGGAAAAGGACAUCAAACAGAAGCAUUGGGGCUACGUCGAGGAGAAGGCACUCAAGUCGCCGUACGCAACGGAUGCCCAUUAUGUCAAAGCUAUUCGUGCGAUGAAGGAGGCGGCCAGGACAUGGGGGGAUGUUCACGAGCAUUAUCUGCGUGCUGCAGUGACGUUUGUCGACAAUUUCCAUGGAUGGACGUUUUGAUGUUUCGAUUGGGGAGGUGGCCACAGGUAAGCAAUGAGGUGGUUGUUGAAAAGCUUUCCAUAUGACACGCUUGCGAUACGGAGUGUGGAAGCUGUGCCACAGUCAUGGCUAUUGGGUGUUUGUAUGAAAAAGGACGUACAAUGGCAGUCUGUAUGAAUGAGAAUGAUAUACUAUCUGAUGGCUUGUUCAUCAGCGUAAACGUGAUCUCUUUUUACAGGUCUAUAGGGAUGCACUUGGCAAUGCCAUGAUUGAUCCGUGAAAAUAACAAUAAUCUUGAAUGACAUUAAGUAAAUAUUGCGGCGUUUCUUUUGAAAUAGGCUUCGAUUGUCCUUUCCAUGUCAAUGUUGGACCGAGCUGGGCAUGUCG